AUGGCUGAAGUGGACGUCAUCCCAACCCUGGGGUCUGAGUGCAAGGAUGGCUUCAAACCCGCGAACGUAUGGGUCGCUAACGGUAUUGCCUGGCUCGACGACAUCCAAGCCUUCUACCGCGAACGCAGUGUAAUCGAGAAGGAGUACAGCGCGAAGCUCAAUGCGCUGGCAAAGAAGUACUUCGAUAAGAAGGCGCGCAAGUCGGCCAGUUUAAGUGUGGGCGAUACUCCGACUUUGACCCCCGGCUCGCUCGAGAGCGCCUCCUUGACCACAUGGACCACGCACCUUACCACAUUGGAAGCACGCGCGAGCGAGCACGAACGCUAUGCGAACGACUUGAUUGGGAAGAUUGCGGAGCCGCUGAAGCAGAUGGCCUCCAGAUUUGAGGAGCUACGCAAGCGCCAUGCCGAGUAUGCCGAGAAGCUUGAGCGGGAGCGGGAUGCAGCGUACGCCGAUCUUCGGAAGGUCAAGGCAAAGUACGAUGCCGCUUGCCAGGAAGUAGAAGCCAAGCGUAAGAAGGCCGAGUCGGCCUUCGACAAGAACAAGGCGCAGAGCGCUUUCCAGCAGCAGAUCCUGGAAAUGAACAAUGUCAAGAAUACCUAUUUGAUCUCGAUCAACGUAACAAACAAGCACAAAGAGAAGUAUUACCACGAAUAUCUGCCCGAGCUGAUGGAUAGUCUCCAAGAUCUCUCCGAGCUGCGUACCCAUAAACUGAACGGGCUAUGGACACUGGCCUCGCAGAUGGAGAGCGCCAUGCUCCAGCAGAGUGUUGCCCAGGUCGACAACUUGACUCAGGAGAUUCAGAGGAACCUACCACACUUGGACUCGAUGAUGUACAUCCGCCACAACAUGGGCAGCUUCCAGGAGCCGCCGGAUAAGGUCUUUGAGCCCAGUCCGAUUUGGCACGACGAUGAGUCCAUGAUCGUGGAUGAGGCAGCAAAGAUUUACUUGCGCAACAUGCUCAACAAAUCAAAGAGCCAGCUUGGGGAAUUGCGACGCGAAGCAGACAAAAAGAGGCGAGAAGUCGAGGCUCUAAAGCGUACAAAGCAGAAGGUUCGGGGCGGUGAGGAGGACAAGGACGAGAUUGCUCUGAUUUGGCAGAUUUUCGGGAUACAGGAGGAGCUGCACCAGAUUGACCGCAAGCGGCUUACAGCCGAGGUUGAAACAACAACGAUUACUUCUGCGGUGGGCGACGUAACAAUCGGGGCCAAGAACCACAACUUUAAGGCACAGACCUUCAAGAUCCCAACAAAUUGCGACCUAUGCGGUGAAAGGAUAUGGGGUUUGUCGGCAAAAGGGUUCGACUGCCGGGACUGCGGAUAUACGUGCCAUAGCAAAUGCGAAAUGAAGGUCCCGGCGGACUGUCCUGGCGAACUAUCCAAGGAUGAGCGCAAGAAGCUGAAACAGGAACGUCAAGAAGCAGCCAACAAGCUGCUCAUGCCACCAUCGGGCCCGCCUGAACAUAUCGCCGAGCUCCCCGGCAGCGAGCUUAGUAGGUCAGACACUGUAAGCUCGCGGGUGUCUGGGUAUGCCCCUAGCGUCCAGCAGUCAGAAGAAACCGCCCCAGAAGUCCCAACCUCUACUCGGCCCACAAGCACAACCUCUUCAUCCACAGGUGUGAAGAGAAAUCGUAUCGUCGCACCUCCGCCUACGCAUUACAUCAGCGAGCUGCCAGGCAGCCUACCAAAUGGGUCACCACAGCAAGAGCAACAGAAGGCCAAGAUGCUCUAUCAUUUUGAGGCAGCCGGGCCUGGGGAGCUGACAGUGCCAGAGGGUAGGGAACUAGUAAUCUUGGAACCUGACAACGGCUCCGGCUGGGUCAAAGUUCGGGCUGGCUACAAAGAAGGCCUUGUUCCGGCCAGCUACAUCGAGAUACUUCCAUCUUCCGGUCCAACUAGCACAGGCCUUGCCCCACAACAUACAGGCCAGUCAACCUUCUCUACGAACAGCGGGUCAUCCGUCGGGGGAGCGUCAAUAUCAACCACGACAACAACUGCUAAGAAGAAAGGACCAGCGGUGGCGCCCCGACGUGGUGCUAAGAAAUUACGCUAUGUCGAAGCGUUGUACGAUUACACUGCACAAAGUGAUGCCGAGCAUAGUAUGGUGGAAGGUGAACGGUUUGUGUUGGUAAAGGAUGACCCAGGAGAUGGUUGGGUCGAAGUUGAGAAAGGAGGUGCUGUAAAGAGUGUGCCAGCAAGUUACGUGCAGCUUGUUCAGCAGUAG